CAGCCAUUACAAAUUACAAGACCUAAAGCAAGCCUCUCAUGUGUAUCAUAAGACAUCAUUUAUUACUCUAAAUACAUGUUUUUGUCUCAGACAACUCUCUUAAAGCAGCAAAUCCAUCACCAUAAUCAUAUUUACUCUUCCACGUAGCUCACCAUUCCACCAAACCCCCAUUUUUUCCCCUUUUUCUUGUUUUUAUCAUCCGAUCAAACCAAGAAUAAUACUUUUCAUACUUCCCCAGCUGAAAAAAUGGCGUCUGUUACCAAUCUCACCAACCUUACACCCGCCACCACUUCUGCCGGCUCUAGAUCUUCCUCCGUCUUACCAAGAUCCUCCGUCAACCUCCGAAGUUUUAACGCCAAGCUUUCUUCUGCUUCCCAUCUUUCCCUUCGUUAUAACCCACAAUACAGACCUUCCCUUUUUGUGAGGUGUUCAGCCUCUGGUGGAAACGGAAGUACUGCUAAGAGAACUACUCUUCACGAUCUAUAUGAAAAGGAAGGCCAGAGUCCUUGGUAUGAUAAUCUAUGCCGUCCUGUCACUGAUCUUAUCCCCUUUAUUGCCCGUGGCGUUCGAGGUGUAACUAGCAACCCUGCGAUCUUCCAGAAAGCCAUAUCCACUUCAGAUGCUUAUAAUGAUCAGUUCAGGACACUUGUGGAGUCUGGAUCGGCCAUUAAAAAAGCGUACUGGGAGCUUGUGGUGAAGGAUAUUCAGGAUGCUUGCAAGCUUUUCGAGCCAAUCUAUGACCAGACUGAAGCUGAGGAUGGCUACGUCUCGGUUGAAGUUUCGCCUCUUCUUGCUGAUGAUACCAAAACCACUAUUAAAGCUGCUAAACUUCUUCACAAGUCUGUGAACCGUCGUAAUGUUUAUAUUAAGAUCCCUGCUACUGCUCCAUGUAUUCCUUCCAUCAGAGAUGUCAUUGCUUCUGGAAUAAGUGUCAAUGUCACGCUUAUAUUCUCAAUAGCUAGAUAUGAGGCAGUGAUUGAUGCUUAUUUGGAUGGACUUGAGGCGUCUGGACUUGAUGACCUCUCAAGAGUUACAAGUGUUGCUUCCUUCUUUGUUAGUCGUGUGGAUACACUCAUGGACAAGAUGCUGGAGAAGAUUGGUACACCAGAAGCACUAGACCUCCGCGGCAAGGCGGCUGUGGCUCAAGCUGCAUUAGCAUAUCAACUAUACCAGAAAAAGUUCUCAGGCCCAAGAUGGGAAGCUUUGGUGAAGAAAGGUGCCAAGAAGCAGAGGCUUCUCUGGGCAUCGACAAGUGCUAAGAACCCAGCUUACUCUGACACCUUAUAUGUCGCUCCUCUCAUUGGACCUGACACUGUGUCAACGAUGCCUGAUCAAGCCCUUGAAGCAUUCAUUGAUCAUGGAACGGUGAAGAGGACGAUAGAUGCGAAUGUGUCAGAAGCAGAAGGGGUUUACAGUGCAAUAGAGAAGCUGGGAAUAGACUGGAACAAGGUGGGAGAACAGUUGGAAGAAGAAGGUGUAGACUCGUUCAAGAAGAGUUUCGAGAGUCUGCUUGCUACACUUCAAGACAAGGCCAACACUCUCAAACUAGCCAGCCACUGAAGAGUUUGGUUCUUCAUUUUGUUUACUGUAGUAAAAAUAAAAGAAGAGCCUUUCGGCUUUGUUCUUGAACCACAUUAGAUUGUGUAUUCUUUAAAAUUAA